AUGCGGGUCGAGUCCGACGACGACGAGCUUGACAAGGACUAUGAUAUGCUCGAUUCCGACCUUGACGACGAUCUUAAGAAGCCGAUUGACGACACUCCAGCUUCAACUCCCUCCUCAGGUCCUCCCUUAGGCGCUCUCCAUCGCUGUCGCCAGAAAACGCUAAAAUGCCGUUACCCUGGCUGCGACAAAGCAUUCGACCGCAAGGUGAGGCUUGAGGAGCACAUCCGAUCCCACACGAAUGAGCGCCCCUUCCAGUGCCCGCAUCCUCCCUGCACGAAAGCUUUCUUCCGUGACAGCCACCUGAAACACCAUGUCAAAAGUCAACAUAGCAACAUCAGGGAUUACCAUUGUUCAUGGGAAGGAUGCGAUUCCAGUUUCACGACGGGAACAAGACUACGACGUCAUCUAGAGACCCAUGAAGCAAAGGAGAGAUUCAGAUGUCGCGGAUAUCCUGGUUGCGACCAGACUUUCCGCAAACAAGAGACUUUGGAUCGGCACAUAUUGUCUGUUCAUCAAAACAUCAAACCCUUUCCUUGCAAAGAGCUAGAUCCAAUAACCGGUGUCCCAUGCAAGAAAGCCUACGACACGGCGGAGAACUUGCGCUCUCAUGUGCGCGCCAAGCAUGACACUUCACGGUUUUCUUGCUCUGACUGCAUGGCUCAGAAUGCAGCUAUUCUUGCUAACCCCGAUGAUGGGAGGGAACUUGCUCAGGCAUCCUUUGCAACAUAUGGAGAGCUCCAGGCUCACCUCACCAUUGUCCACCCGCCAACUUGUCAGUAUUGCCCAACCUCAUUCACUACCAACAAAGAAUUGACCCGCCACCUUGAAAUCCAACAUGGGAUUCUACCAGAGAAAAAAUCAGAAGAUCUCGCUGUCUUUACAUGUACCACCGAAGGAUGCGGUAAAAAAUUCACGAAGAAAGGGAACCUGAAUGUCCACAUCAAAACCGUCCAUGAGAACAAGCGUGAUUUCGUGUGCGGCAAGACCGAAAUAUCUCUUCCUGAAGAAAUCGCAGACCAGCAAGAUAUCGUGAUCCAUGGCUGCAAUCGCAGCUUCACUAGCAAAGCUAGUCUUGAAGAACAUGUUCGUACUGCGCAUCUGGGACUGGAAUCAAAGCGAGUGCUUCGAGAGAAGAAGCGCAAGGCCGACCGUCACAGCGACGAUGAACACGAUCCUGGUGCAGUAGAUACGCGGCUUAAGAAGCAGCGCAAGCCCCGCUCUGACAAAGGCAUCAAGCGAGCUUCUGCUAUGGCUAGUCUUACUGGUGUCACCGCUGCUCCUGCAGAUUCUGUUGUUGACCCAACGCUACCAGAACGAAAUCAACAUGAAUUCGUCAAUAUUCAUCCAAUGAUGGUGGAGGAAAAUGAAGAGACAGGUGUUAAGAACACGCUCCUCUCCGGCUCCAUGGUCAUCUGUGAUGACCGCAUCUGGCAUCAUGGCACAUCCUACCACUACCCGUCUGGAGAAUAUCCGACCCGUCUUUCGAGAGAUCUCGCUCGGGCAAGGGUUCAAGAUGAUACCCCGUUUGACGACUUUGUUCAUGACGAAGGCUUGGGCGUGGAGGGUGCUUAUGACGAAAGCGACCUGCAUUUCUUUGGCCAGUUUGAGCAAGAGACGGAAGUAAUGCAGGUCAGAUAUGAUUACCCUGCGCUAUGA